GCUAUUAUACAGUAAACAACGUAGAGAAAUAUUUCUAAAAAUUUAACGUCCAUUUUUGAGUUUCGGGUGUUGGAAAUUAAUAAUUGGUUCGAUUACGUUUUUCGAUUUACAAUGGAUGAUGUACCCGUAUUACUGACAUCUAGCCCCUAUUACAAUUUCUUGCGAGAAUAUUGGCUGGGCUGUGAUGAUCGAAGCAUUUCACCACAGAAAAUGAUCUGCGAUGCAGCUGCCACUUGGAGAAAUCUACAUCCAAUCGAGCGGUUAAUGUUCGAAGAGUCUAAUUAUAUAGGCGCACGUCUAGCCGUUGAUCUCUUAUUGCCUGUGACUACCAAAUAUAAAAAGACUAGCAAGCAAGCAAAGUCUAAAUUGAAGGCAASAAAGCCUCAGCCAAGUACCGUCAGAAAAUUCAAGUCGACGCAUCCAUCAAAGCGGCAAAGUGUCCAAUCGAAGAAAUCAAAACAAAACAAAUGCCGUUCUACUUAGUCAAUGGCUAGACUUAGCAAAACCAAUUGUCAUUUUACUGCCUCUUACUCAACUCUCAUUGCUUUAUAGAUAUUUUAUUCAUUUACCACCACACAAUAAAAUUGAUCCCUUUUUAACGUAA